GAAUUGAUCUAAUACAAAGCUUAUCAGGCGAUGCAUUGUGAAGGGACAAAUAUUUUUGAAGAUAUCAUUUUCUAUAUUUACAUUUCCUUGCUUUUUUUCAGGUUCCCCCAGCUGAAUUAGAGCACAUACUUCAUACCAAUCCUGAAAUUGCUGAUGCUGCAGUAGUCCCGUAUCCUGAUGAAGAUGUACGGCAAAUUCCAAUGGCUUUUGUGGUAAGAAAGCCAGGAAGCAACAUCACUGCAGCUCAGGUCAUGGACUAUGUUGCGAAGCAGGAGCGCCAAUGAAACUUCAACUGAUAGAAGGAAGAAGGCAGCACAAAGAAAUUAAAAGACUAUUGAUAGGGCACAAGAACCUUUCUGCGAAAAGAGAUGAGUACAUCAUGCUUGCCAUGAAAUCACCCAAAUAGAGUUCAUUCAUCCCCAAGAAGAUGCAUGUGGAGGCCAUAGGAAAAUAAGCAUUGUGUGCUUCUAAUAUGCAGUGACAGGCUGUCAUUGUAUUGGCAUGAUAAGCUGCCAACCCAAGUUCCAAGGACAAAAGAAGCAUUCUUUGUAAAGAUUUGAAUCUGAAACCACCCCAGUUGAAAAUUAUCUAUCUGAUGUAUACUUGAACAUGACCUGAAAUAAAUAGCAUCCAAAAAGGAAAGGACUUAGUCUUAGGCCACCCUUCAUUAUUGCUGCUUUCAGAAGAAAGAGCACCAUGUGGAAGUAGUAAAUGCAUUAAAUUCAGGAGAUGUUUUCCAUUGGGAUUCUUUACAUGUGCUAGUUACUAUUGCUCCUCUUUGAAGCACUUCCAAUAAAAGUUUGUGAUGGGGUUUUAUGACUUGGUUUUGCUGUUCUGUUAUGUUUGGUAUGUCUUUUAUGUGGGAAGUUGCAUUGCUCAGUUACAAUCCUCUCAGAUACAAGUUCUUCUGCAGUUACAAAAACACUUAGAAUAUCCAACACAGUUAGAAAUAUGGAAAGAUCGUAGGACAGAACUUUGCUUUAUCCCUUCAACACAAGUCAAAGUCUCAUGCAAGGACAAUUUUGUCAUAGAGCUUUCUAUCUUUGGUGAUAAGCCAAACAAGGGUAGAGGUUUUGAUGGUUUUGCUAUUCCAAAUCAAACACUAUCACAAAGCUUCUCAAUGGACUCAUUUGUUGCAACUCUUGCAAGGUUAACUAGCUUGAGAGUUCUUCAUCUUGUUUCUUUGGGAAUUUGGGGACCAUUUCCUGAUAGAAUUCAUAGAUUAUUUUCACUUGAACAAUUGGAUUUGAGUUCUAAUUAUCUUUAUGGAUCAAUCCCUCCAAAAAUUUCUACUAUGGUCAGCCUUCAAAUUCUUAUGUUAGGUGAUAACUUCUUCAAUGGUACUAUCCCAAACUUGUUUGAUUCAUCAAGUAAUCUCACAGUUUUUAGUUUGAAGAACAAUAAGUUGAAGGGUCCAUUUCCAUUUUCAAUCCUUAGUAUCACAACUUUGACUAACAUUGACAUGUCAAGAAAUCAGAUAUCCGGAAGCUUACAAGACUUUACUGGUUUGAGUAGUUUGGAACACUUAGAUUUAAGAGAAAAUGAGUUAGAUUCUGAUUUACCUGCAUUGCCUAAAGGGUUGAUAUCGCUUUUCCUCAACCGGAAUUCCUUCUCAGGUCAAAUUCCAAAAAGCUAUGGUCAACUAAAUAGUCUUCAGCACCUUGAUAUUUCCUUCAAUACACUCACAGGAGCUACUCCUUCUGAACUUUUUUCUUUGCCUAACAUUAUUUACUUGAAUUUGGGAUCCAACAUGCUGAGUGGAACACUUCAAAAUUCUCUUAGAUGUGGCCGCAAUCUUAGUUUUGUUGACAUAUCAAAUAAUAGGCUAAUUGGAGCCUUGCCUUAUUCUCUAAGCAAUGUGUCAGAAAAUAGAGCUGUGGAGAGUGAUGGAAACUGUUUAUCUGGUACUUUGCAGCAUCAGCAUGCAGUAUCUUAUUGCGCAGAAGCUCCUGAUAAGAAGAAAUCGAACCGAGUUGGAAUUUUUGUUGGUGUCAUUGUUGGAAUUCUUGUUAUCAUUGUCCUUUUUGGUUUAUGCAUCGUUGUUAUAUGUAAGAGGUAUUACUCUAGAGGGAUUGCAGAGCAGCACCUAUUGCAUAAAUCAGUUCAAGAUAGCUACUCAGCAGGGUUCUCAUGUGAGCUUAUUGCAAAUGCAAGAUAUGUUUCCGAAGCUGCAAAGUUAGGCAGAGAAGACCUUCCAUCGUGUCGAUCAUAUUCGUUGGAGGAGCUUAUGGAAGCAACAAAUAACUUUGACAAUUCUACUUUUCUUGGUGAAAAUAUAUAUGGGAAGCUUUACAAAGGAAAACUGGAGAAUGGGAUACCUGUUGUAAUAAGGUGCAUACCUUUAUCAAAAAAGUACUCAAUUCGGAAUUUCAAACUGAGGCUGGAUUUGCUUGCAAAGCUCCGCCACACGCAUUUGAUAUCCCUAUUGGGACACUGCAUUGAUGGUAUUUUAGGAGAGCGUAACGAUUCAAAGGUCUUUCUCAUUUAUGAAUGUGUAUCAAAUGGGAAUUUCCAAACCUAUCUCUCAGGAGAUAGUUGUGGCAAGAUUUUCAAUUGGUCAGAGAGAUUGUCAGUUUUAAUUAGUGUUGCUAAGGCUAUUCACUUCUUACACACUGGAAUGAUACCUGGUUUCUUCAGAAAUAGACUUAAGACCAACAAUAUUUUGUUUAAUGAAAAUUGGAUGGCAAAGUUGAGUGACUAUGGAUUGUCCAUUGUCUCAGAAGAAACUGAUGCAAGUGGGGUCAUAGGAGAAAGCCCUAAUUCAUGGCAAAUGAAAAAGCUAGAGGAUGAUAUUUAUAGCUUUGGAUUCAUAAUACUUGAGGCACUUGUUGGACCUUCAAUGUUUGCUAAAAGAGAAGCAGCUGUGCUAAAUGCAAUGGCUUCCUUCAGUAGUCAAGAUGAGUGGAAACAAAUAGUGGACCCAGUUGUGCAAGCUACUUGCUGCAAAGAAUCUCUAUCUAUUGUGAUUUCUAUAACAAACAAGUGUAUAUCUACCGAGUCGUGGAGUCGACCUUCGAUCGAGGAUGUCCUUUGGAACUUGCAGUAUGCUUCUCAAGUCCAGAACAACAGCUGACGGGGAUCACAGGAUUUGAUACUCCCACUACAUCAGCGACAGAGUCAGUUCUGAGUUUUUUGCUUCAACCUGCUUCAAAACAUGUCAACUGUUUCGGUGUUUCAUAUUUUGAAAUACUUAAAAGGGUAAGAAUGUAUUGGCUGUAUGCUCCAGUUCGGUCAACUUUCAUCAACCAAGCAUUUUGAUUUGUAAAGUAUAUAGUAUAGUAUUGUAUACAUUAUGUAUUAUAUACUAUAUAUUACUCAUAGAAUUAUCAUUAUAAAAUUACUUGUAGUCCUCUGUGAACUCUAGAGUUCGUUAACAAAUUUAUGCA